UCAAGAUGUCUAAUGUGUCGUUCGGAUUACAAAGUUUUGUGUUCAUAAUUUCUUUGGUCAUUGUUCUAUCUGCCGAUGGUUUUACAAUAUACCUCGAUGGUGGUGGGGAAUUUAAAACCUUAGGAAAGGAUCUGGCUGCGCUCAAAGAUGACGUAAAAGAAUUAAGGCAAUCAUUAGAUAGCAUAGAGAAGAAAAUUAACGGCCUAACUACUCUGAUGAAUAACUUGAGCAAAGACUUGCAAACAAUGAAGGAUAAUGCACGGGGUUCAGGAAAGGCUUGCACUGUGAAAAUGGCAAACGAGCGGAAUCUUAAAUUAUAAAUUGAAAUUAAUAAUUGUUUAUACGAAAGUUAUUAACUUCGGAAAUUAUUUAUUUAUAUAUAAAAGAAGAUCUAUGCUUUUU